UGGCUUCACUGGUGAACUGUGACUUCAUUUGUGAGUGAAGUGUUGCACAGUACACCAGAGGCGGAGCCUACACGGAGUCUCCGCGGCCACUUUGCCAAAGGCAGGACUUUUCUACAUACAGUCUAUGAGCAGGACGCACGACUCUUGUCUACAAUAAUGUUCAGGGCGACUUACGAUGAGGGAUAGAGCUUCAUAUCACUCACAAGGAUUUAAUACUGGGAUGUGAUGUAUCGAUUAAAUUAGCAGCUCCUGCUACAAUGUAAGAGUCAUAUAAGGAGACGGUUACUGAUGACUCGUGGCGACAAUGUCCCAAACAUGGUCCAUCCUCACUGCCGUUACAUUGCUGGCGGUGCAGCUUUGCAUAGGGGAGAAAUCCUGCUCCAUCUGGUCCAGUGCUGGACCUUUGGUGCAGCGAGACUCCAGUUUUAGGGUUUACUGCACCUUUAACUGCAAGUGCAAGGGAUCCAUGUUCAGUGACCACCCACCCACACUACAGAACCACAAAGAACUAAAUUCUACAACCAUAUAUUUUAAUGUGGUGAACAUAACAAAGAACAGAACAUACAGCUGUAACUGUGACUGUACCCUGAGACAGUGUAACUGUCCUGCACCGGACCCCUGUGGACUGGAUAUCAAAGCUGGAUACCCACCAGAUCGCCCUAAAAACAUUUCAUGCAACUACAGGGUCAUAAAUGAUAAAAGUGGAGUUAUGUUCUGCACUUGGAACAGAGGACGGGAUACGUAUCUCAGAGACAGCUCAGUGCUGAGGGUGAGAACUGUACCAAGAAAUCACACUGAUGGACCAGAUGUGCACAAUGUCUCCAGUAAGGGAACUGAUGUAUCGUCAGUUAAUUUCACUGUGUCCAGAUCUGUCCAGCUCAUCUCUGUGUGGGUCCAAGCUGAAAAUUCACUGGGCUCUGCAGUGUCCUCCACCAUCAACUACACUCUCAGAGACAUUGUGAUGCCAUCGACUCCUGUUCUUGGCCAACCCCAGUGCUCUUCCCGGGAGUGCAUCAUCGAAGUGAAGCAGUCUGUGAUCACUCAACAACUGGAGAUCCAGUACAAAUCAGCAGAGCAGACAUGGACAUCUUAUCCAGACCAAGGUGUGCAGACGAGUACAGUUCAGAACCGGUCCAUCUCGUCUCUCGAGCCCUACAGGUUGUACUAUUUCAGAGCCCGAUCCAAAUUUAGCACCGGCUUGUGGAGUCAGUGGAGCUUAAACGUUUCCUGCUUGACUGAAGAGGAGGCUCCUGCAGAAAAGUUGGAUGUGUGGUACGCUGAAUUUGCAUCUGCAGCUGACUUUAAAUCCCUGACAGUUUACUGGAAGGAAGCGAACAGUUCUGUCUCCAGAGGGAAGAUUAAAGACUACAUUGUCUGUGUCGACAGCCCAGAUUCUAGACUGGCCUUUGUCACUAAUGUCAGUAGCAAUGACAGGAAUUAUACCAUCCCGAUCUGUGCUAACUGUGAAGUGACACUGUGGUCUCGUAACUCCAAAGGGCUGUCCCCUCCUGCUAGAAUUACAGCACAUCACACAAAAGCAGUGCAAGUAUUCAUACAUGCUCCAGCCAAGUCCUCACAGGAUGUGCAAGUAUCAGCAGUCACCAUCUCCUGGAGAAAGCCUGAAACUGCACGACUACCCGCUGCGUAUGUGGUGGAGUGGUACCCAGUGGGCCUCAAGCUGGAGGAGCUCAGAUGGAUGAGACUGGGCAGAAAUGACAACCAUGCAGUCGUUACAGAUAUUAAGCCAUAUGAGUGCUACGAGGGAGCAGUGUAUAGUGUCUAUAAUGAGAGCUCAGUGACUUGGGAAAGGUUUGGAGGUGUCACCACCUUGGAGUCAGUCCCAGAAGCUGGUCCAAUUGCCCAAGAGAAGGUUGAGGGGCACACAGUGAAAGUGACAUGGAUGGAGCUUCCCAGGAGCCAGCGGAGGGGUUGUAUCACCAACUAUACCAUCUAUUUGGAGAGCGAAAGAGGACACCAGAAGCCUUACCCCGUGGCAGCAUCAGAGAGGAUGCACGUGAUCGAAAACCUGUCUCCAGCUGCCUACUGGCUGUGGAUGUCUGCCUCCACUGCUGCAGGAGAGGGCCCUCCAAGCUUAAAAAUCCAGCUCUUUAUCCAGGAAGAAACUCCACUGUGGCUCUUACUGGUGUGUGGCGUCGCCUUCAUGAUCGUGGUGCUUUUGUUGUGCCUGUGCCAGUGUUCAGCAGUAAAGCAAAAGUUCUGGGUGUUUUUCCAGUGCCUCAUGCUCGAUGUUGUGCCAGAUCCUGCAAACAGCAAAUGGGCUAAAGAGUGUACACAGGAGAAGGGCAAGAUUAACCUCCAGCUACAGCUGAGUAACUCCAGUGUAACCGAGGAGGAAGGAGAGCCCAUCCUGGUGGAUGUGGAGGAGCUGCCCAAGCAGAACAAUGGCAUCUCCACAUCUAAAAACGUCUCCUCGCAGCUCCGUCCUCAGAUCGGCCUCAGCCCGGAGACAGAGACGGCCACACAGCUGUACCCUCUGAGCACAUACAUCAAGAGCUUCUCGCAUGACUCAGACAGCUCCGACCACACACAGACCUCUCUGGACACAAACACAACCGUUGACUAUAUCUCAUCACACGGGAUGGGAACUAUGGAGGAGGAGGAUCAGGAGGAGGAGGAGGAGGAGGAGGAGGAAGAAAUGCUGGGUUUCUUCCCUACUCAAAACGUCUUCAUAGAAACGUUGAACUUUGGAGGAAAGUUGACUCUGGAUGCCGUCAAAAUUGACUUCUGUAGUGACUUCUUUCAGGACAGUUAGUGUGAAACUAAAGCAGAACUCUUUGAUGAGAUCAGGUUUGAGUGAGAAGAACGUUUAGAGGAAGAACUGAUGAAAGAAAUUGAAGCUACUGGACACAACAAUGAUUUCAGUGUCUGUUUUUUUGGCUCACGCACCUAGCUGGGAUGUGCAUGAACUACCUCUUAGCUUAUUGAUCAGAACUGUAACAGCUGUCUUGCAGUUGUCUGUGCUGUUAUGCAGGAAUCAUUUUUGACUCAAAUGUAAUUUUUCUUUCAUUUUAUGCAUUACCAUUGUUUUCUCUUCAGAAUGGCUUUAGACACACUAAUACCACAACCAAAAUGAACACAUCACAAGCUGCAUGAGUAUAUCAGAUAUCAACAUUUUAUGCCUGGCUGAAAUGAGGUAUUUGGAAAAAGGCCUCAAUCCUGAUGCUGACAGAUCGGCACUGAUCGGCCCUUUUCACAGCACACGCUUUGACUUGCCAUGGUAGGAAAAGCGCAGGUGUUAUUAAAUUACAUUAACAAUGGCUCUGUGUCUCAUUAAGCCAUGACAGUGUGCCACAAUGCACAAUACUGGGACAUGUCUUAUCAUUUUCUGACCCAGUUUAGAUGAAACAACACCCCUUUCCGUGUGACGAAAGCCUCCACCAAAGAUACAUCCAAGUGCAGGUACUUUUCUACGUUGUUGUACUGUCCUGAGCACACACCAUGUCUACUCAUUUUGGAAGUCGCUUUGAUCCAAAAGUUACAAGUGAAGGAUAUCAUGAAAGCUUCGGUGCAGUAUGAGACCUUGGUGUAAAUGCAAGUACUGCAUGAAUUCAACAAGUGUACCAAAAGUGCACACAACGUAAUGACUAACUUACCCGCUUGUGCGCUGGACGUCUGGCAGGCUUUAAAAAAUGUGCAUGAGAAGAAAGGGUUAAUGUUAGAUUAACUUAUGUUAUAAGUUAAUCUAACUUAAUGUUAGAUUAACUUAUUACAUUUUAUUCGCUGGUAUAUUUUAACUGAAAGAUCACUUACCUCAGCUCUGUGUCACUGUGAUCGUCAGUAAUCUUUGAAAAGGCUUGACGAGGCUUGAGUCACAUGGUGGAGGUGUUUCAUCUGAACUGGGUUGGAAAAACCCUAAAACUGAUCCAGCUAAAUGCAAUUUAGCCAUGGUUCAUUUUAUUAUUUACCACUCUGCUUUUCCUACUGUGACAUGUCAAAAUGUUUUCUAUGAAUACUCAAAACAUUUACGACCAGAGCUGUGCUUUUAAAUACAUCUAUGCUACCUCAAUCUUAUUUUAGCUACCUAAUCUAAUCGCAGCAUGACAGAUAAUGUGCCAAUGUUGUUGCUGACACCAAAAUCACAAACAAUCAAUUGCAAUACUGUGUGCAAAAUGUUAAAGCAUUUGACAAAAGGAAAUAUUUGGAAUGAUUACAGCCAUGCUAGCAGCUCUGUGAGGCUGUAUGUAGGAACGGCAGUGCUUUGAGCUACGUACAUUUAAUGCUCACAAGUGCUUAUUUCCACUGAAGACAAAGAACAGCUUGUUUUGCAGGUAUUUGGUCAUCAGCCAAACUAUUGAACAAGUUACCAUUUUUAUCUAAUGAUAGUAAUAGAUGAGAAGUUAAGGGAUCACAAGUUAUUACAAUUCAUUCUGAGUGGGACGUGAAAAUGUGCCCCAAAUUUCAUGGCAAUCAUUUUAAUAUUUAAGAAAUUUCACUAAAAGCCAAAAGUGUCAACCUCAUGGUGGUGACAGAGGAAAGAUUAGGAAAUCACCAAAGUCAAUAGGAUACAUCUUCUGGGAGCCACAAAUGCCUAUACAAAAUUUCAGGGCCAUCUGAUCAAUAGUUGAGCUAUCUCAGUCUGUCCGAAAAAGUUGGCUGAUUGACCAACAUUAUCCUACCAAGAGUCAUGUCGCUAGCAUGGCUAACACUGAGAUGUUUGAAAUUGGUUACGUAGUGUUUUGCUUUACAUCUUCAACAAGAGGAAACUGGAGUAUCAUUUUACCUAAUAGAUUUGCAACCAAUCACUGUCUCUAUUUCCCAAUUAGUGUAACUCAGACUUUUGGUCAGUUACUUUCAUUGCUACCUUAUUGGGAGAAUGUGAUUUGUCAUUUUUAUUAUCUAUGAAAAUAAAUGAUUUAAUCCCAGUACUAACAUCUUUUUUUUUUUUUUUUAAGGCCUAAUGUCUUCUUUCUCUUGUAUGAACUACUGGUCUGAAACAGUUGAUUGUCAGGGUGGUUUACAAGAGUAUUUGUGAGUGUUGGCAGCAGGUUAAGCACUGGUCAGAAUUCCAUGUUAAACUUUAAAAAAAAAAACUUUUCAAACCUUAUUAAACAAAAACCUGAGGUGGGAGGAGACCAUUUGACCUGCAUGCUUAACAGGUUUUGUCCACAAAAGUAUUUUGUGAGGACACUCACCAAGCACAAAGGUAACCUAUACUAGACAGCAUGUGCGUACGUAGUUGUAAGCAGAAUCAAGACAAUUUGUGAACUGUACUUGGGUUUAAUUAUUUUGCCAGUAGGCAGGAUAAAAAAAGUGACAACGCAAAAAAUUUAUCGACCAUCUUUAUUUACCGACAGAGGUCUCUAAUAGCAGGGCUAGAAUUCACACAUUUGUAGAGCACUUCAGUUGUUCCACACAAUGAACGACUGUAUUUCUUUCAGAGCAAUUAUGCAGUGGUGCCACUGUGGUAGCUACAGGGCAAGUCAACAGUGGAGGAAAAUAUCAGCACAGAACAAACAGCAGAACCAAACUGACGCUGGGCUGAGUUGACAUGUGUGGAAGGAUGCUCGAGUGGAGUGUGUAAACAGUCGGAGAGGGUCUGAGGGGGGGCCACAGCCGCAUCUCAAGAUACUUCCUCUCCCUAUCACUCUUUGCAGUAAAACAAAGGCUUUGAUUGACUUUGCACAUGGUGAGUAAUCAGAGAUGAAAUGAGCAAGGAGGAAGAGACAUUAGAUGGUGAACUGCACCCCAAACAUAAGUAAAGCAGAAGACAUGGAGUAGCUUUCAGCUUCAAAUGAAUCCACUUGACAAAUGUCUCAGGAUCACAGCAAAUUUAGGAGAGUAAUCACCAAUGCGUUCCUCCAAAAAUGACCUAAUGUUCCUCCUUCAAAACACUUCAGUACAAAAGAACCUUAAUACAGAUUUUGGUGCCAUUUCAUCAAUGCAUUCAAAUGUAGACAGCAUCGCUUGAUCAAAGACCAAGGGGUGUCCUAUUUGCACCAUGUGAAAUACAGUCUCUGAAAGAAUUUAUGAAAAUAGUCAAGAUUUACAGGCCGAAGAUCAUAGAAGAAUAGACCUCCUGUAUAAAAUAUAAAACAAUACCCCAGUGCUAAAGAAAAAAAAAAAUCCAUAAAUCUCAAUGAGUGAAGCUGUAACUUCAUCCGAAAUACCUGGUGUGGCAGAGCUUAUGAGCUUGGGUUGGAACUCUGCAGUGCCUAUUUUAAAGCAAGCAAGCAAUGGCACACACCAAGCUAAAGAUACUCUUCUUAUGCUUAUAUUUCGAAAUGCAUAUUUUCAAGCAGCAAUUACAAAAAUUUAUCAAUGGACAAUGCAUAACCUCUGAAAAAAAUACUGUAUGAAAA